GUGACAUACAUGGAGGUGCGGCGGCCCUGCAGAGUCAUGAUCCUCGUGAACCCUCACUGCGGGCGUGGGCAGGCUCUGCAGCUCUUUACCGGCCACGUGGAGGGGAUGCUCACAGAGGCCGCUGUGCCCUACACACUUAUCAUCACAGAGCACCAGAACCAUGCACGGGAGCUGGUAAAGAAGGCGGACCUGUCGCAGUGGGAUGCCCUGGUCAUCAUGUCUGGAGAUGGACUGCUGUUUGAGGUGAUAAAUGGUCUGAUGGACCGAGAGGACUGGCAAGAGGCCAUCCAGACCCCUCUGGGUAUUCUACCAGGUGGCUCAGGCAACGCCCUCGCCGCCUCCGUCCACCACUACUCACAGUCAUCUCCAGCGUGGAACGAAGAACUACUAUUGAGCUGUGGCUUCAUGUUGUGCAAAGGUCUUGUCGGCUCCUUAGACCUGGUGUCGAUCCACUUGGCCUCUCGGCAGCGCCUCUUCUCCUUCCUCUCCCUCGCCUGGGGCUUCGUGGCAGAUGUUGACAUCGAGAGCGAGAAGUACCGUCAUGUUGGCGCCAUCCGCUUCCUGAUGGGCACCCUGGUGCGCCUGGCCUCCCUCAGAGUCUAUCAGGGCAAGUUGGCGUAUCUGCCUGUUAAGGAGGUGCCAGCACUUCCAAAAGGGAGCAUAAAGGCUAACCACCCCCCUUCCACACCUCAGCACCCCUCACUCUGCUCCUCCCUACACUGUCGGCUCAUCCCCAACCCCUCUCCAAAUCAGAACGCUCGUCACCACCACAACACCACAAACUGCAACCACAACACCAUCUCCAACUCCCCCAAUAAUGCUAACACCACCAAGAGAACUGAGAUCCAGAGUGAUGGCAAGACCAUGGUACUGGUGGACUCUCUUCUUCCUGGUCUGGAGCAGCCGGUUCCAGAGAGCUGGACAGUGGUCAAGGAGGAGGACUUUGUCUUGGUACUGGCUAUUUACCAGUCCCACCUUGCUGAGGACCUGUGGACAGCCCCUGGUGCGAUGGCAGAUGACGGGCUGAUUCAUCUGUUCUACGUGACAGCAGGAAUCUCACGUCCCGCCCUGCUGCGCCUUUUCCUCGCGAUGGAGAAGGGCGCCCACUUGGCGUGCGGCUGCCCCUACCUGGUGUAUGAGAAGGUGAAGGCCCUGCGGCUGGAGCCCAUCACUCCGCAGGGCGUGAUCACUGUGGACGGAGAGAUGGUGGAAUACGGGCCUGUUCAGGCUCAAAUCCACCCAGGACUGGCCAGACUCAUAUGUGGAUGAACCUGGAUUAUCUUAAUCUUUCUUCUGGUUGUAGAGCUUUUCUAGUUUGGCCUUUUUAUAUUCAGCGUUGAUUCCUUUACGUAUGCUGUGUUUUCAGAAGUGCCAAAGACAUUUGAUCAGCCUCUGGAAAUUCCUCUAUUUUUCUAUUGAAGCAACUUAUGCUCACAAUGUUUGAUUCAGGUUUAAAGCCAUGGAUGGUCGUUCUUGCUGCUGGCUGGUACCAGCUUGGAGAAAGAGAGAGGGAUUGUGUGAGCGUGUGAGUGUGUGUGCGCACGAGAGAGAUCUUUACGUUUCUGUGUGUACCCAAGUGUGUGUACGUUUGAGACUGUAGAGGAACCCAUAGCUGAGGAGCUCAUUGUUCAUGCUGCUGUCGGACCACAUAAGCAUGACACACAUGAAGAGAAGCACAUUUUCCCGUCCUGGGAUGCUCCUGGAGAAACCCCGCCCCUUGUCCCACUGUACUACACCAGGCCGCCAAUCUCCCUCCUGGGCUCUAACAGCAUCACCUCCCCCUAAGCUUGGUAAAGAGGAGCUUUCUUUCUGAGGAGAUAUAAAUCCGCUGGGGAUUUGAUGUUGACAUAUCUUUAAUCUUUGCAUAGUAUUUAUGUAAAAAAAAAAAAAAAGCACACAAAAAAUAACAAUACCAGAUCUUGUCAAAGUAACAAUUAGCACCCCUUCCUCCUGUGUGUGCAAACUUCCUCCAGCUUCUAAUGCAUGAAGUGCUGUGGAGGCAGACAGAAACCCAGUCAGCCGAGCUUACACCUCCACCAAUGCCCGAUCCAUUUCCUGCCGUGUCUGCUCUCUCACCCUGCUUGAUUUGCAACCAUCAUCAAACUGUAGGAACUGCCUGCACUCGCACACAAACACACACUCACUUUCUUUUCCCCCAUCCCCCCUCCU